AUGUCCUCGACAAUAGCAAAAGAGCACUCCGCCCAGGCGUCCGACGCGAAAUCCAGGCCCGGCAUCCAGCCCGUUGCCAUUCUCGACAGCCCCCUUUCGAAACCCGUCGCGCUCGUCCGACCAGCGGUGCUGCUAGGCCUCCUCGCCCUGGGGUUCAAUGACCUCGUUGCCGAGCCCGUGUCGACGCUCCGAAAUGCCCUUCCCGUGGUUGCAUUGGCACAGGCUGCCUACGCGGUUGUUUGCCUGCCCAUUGCAGGGUCGUCACAUACUACCACCUGCAAAAAACUGCGUCCUGGAGAGAAGAGGAAGGUCGAUGCGAACUCGGCAAAUGCCAUCUCGACCGCCAUCCUAGCCCUGCUGUUAGCUUCGCUAUCGACGCCAAUCAUUCACGUCCUCUUCGUCCUCUUCGGCGCUCCGUUUCUCGAUCACGUCCCCCACACGCUCUUGUGCGCCGCGCACUUUUCCCUGGUCGGGCUGUUCCCGAUAUUUUACACCAGGGGUGUCGACGGCCAAGCCUUGACCACAAUAGCGGCUGCCGCGGCACCGCUGGACGAAACUUUUGGGGGGCUCGCUGGUGCUGUGCUUGGUGCGUGGCUGGGAGCGGUUCCCAUUCCGCUGGACUGGGAUCGGGAAUGGCAAAAAUGGCCCGUCACCAUACUGGUCGGCAUGUAUGCUGGCUCCAUGCUCGGCAGUUGGAUGUCAGGGGCGCUGUUGUAUGGGAAACAGCUAGGCGAGACGUCAAGCAAGGACGAGUAA